GGGGAGGAGCCAGCGGUAGCUUCCGCCUUGCGCAGUGUUGGGACUUGGGCACGUGUGUUAAUUGCCGACUCGCGAUUCCUGGGUUAACUCUAUCCCUGGUGAAAGUGUAGGGUCGGGACUCUUCAUAUUUAAGGAUGAAGGCGAGAAGAAAUAAAAAACAGAUCCCCAGCUUUCGGAAGUUACUAAAAACUAGUAAAGUCAAGCUUGAAAACAAGCUAAAAAAUAAGCAAUUUAAACAACAAAGCACUCUCAAGAAGUACCGAAAAGAACAGAGGAAACUAAGGCAAGCUGUAAAAGAUGCUGUGUCUAAGAAACCGAUCCCACUGGAGGACCCAAAGGAAAAACGACCAGGUAAAAGGAUUGAGCGGGAAGAGGAGGAAGAAGAGGAAGCCCUUCCUUUGGAUAUGAUGGAUGAAGAUGACUUACAGUUAAUGAGAGACUUAGGACAAAGAGCGUCUUUUUUAACGAGAGAUCUUUCUUCUAGUGAACCUGUUCACGCCAAGAAACGAAAGCAUGAGCGUGUUAUAGAUAAAUAUGAAAAAAUACCAAGAACUCUGCAAACUGCACCAGAGAAGGAACUGAUUCACUUACUUCCUAUCAAGGAUAAAAGUGGUAUAAUCCCACGGACCAGGGAGAAGCCAGUUACAGACAGUAACCAAGAUGAAGAAGAUCAAGAAGAGCUGGAACUUGAGGAAGAGAUCGUUGAAGAUCCCAUUCGAGAGCUGACAUUAGAAGAACAUUUGAUUGAGAGAAGGAAGAAAUUACAGGAGAAGAAAAUGCAUAUUGCAGCCUUGGCAUCUGCCAUAUUAUCAGACCCAGAAAGUAACAUUAAAAAAUUGAAAGAACUGCGUUCCAUGCUGAUGGAACAGAAUCCUGAUGUGGCUGUUACUGUUCGAAAGCUGGUGAUAAUUUCCCUGCUGGAGUUAUUUAAAGACAUUACUCCUUCAUACAAAAUACGACCCCUCACAGAAGCAGAAAAAUCUACCAAGAUCCGCAAAGAAACCCAGAAGUUAAGAGAAUUUGAAGAAGGCCUGGUUAGCCAAUAUAAAUUUUAUUUGGAAAAUCUGGAGCAAGUGGUUAAAGACUGGAAGCAAAGGAAACUGAAGAAAAGUAAUGUAGUUUCCUUAAAGGCCUACAAAGGACUGGCGGAAGUGGCUGUGAGGAGCCUCUGUGAGCUGUUGGUGGCACUACCUCAUUUCAACUUUCACAACAACAUCAUUGUGUUGAUCGUCCCUCUCAUGAAUGACGUGUCAAAAUCGAUAUCUGAAAUGUGUUGUGAGGCAGUGAAGAAACUGUUUAAACAAGAUAAAUUAGGCCAAGCUUCCCUUGGUGUGAUUAAAGUGAUUUCUGGUUUUGUGAAGGGCAGAAAUUACGAAGUUAGGCCAGAGAUGUUAAAGACAUUCUUGUGCUUAAGAAUCAAAGAGGUGGAAGUGAAAAAAGAUACAGAGGACAUUAAUAAACCAAAAAAGUUCAUGACUUUCAAGGAAAAGAGAAAAAGUCUAUCAAGAAUGCAGAGAAAGUGGAAGAAAGCAGAAGAGAAACUAGAGCGAGAGCUACUGGAGGCAGAAGCUUCAGAGAGCACGGAGAGAAAACUUAAACUGCACACGGAGACUUUGAAUAUUGUGUUUGUGACCUACUUCAGAAUAUUGAAGAAGGCCCAGAGGUCACCUCUCCUGCCAUCAGUUCUAGAAGGCCUUGCCAAGUUUGCUCACCUUAUAAAUGUGGAGUUUUUUGAUGAUUUAUUAGUAGUACUGCAUACUCUCAUCGAAUCUGGUGACCUGAGCUAUCGAGAAAGCCUUCACUGCGUCCAGACUGCUUUUCAUAUUCUUUCUGGGCAAGGUGAUGUUCUGAAUAUUGAUCCGAUGAAAUUCUAUACACAUCUGUAUAAAACACUGUUCAAGUUACAUGCAGGUGCUACCAAUGAAGGUGUCGAGAUUCUGCUCCAGUGCCUUGAUGUCAUGCUAACUAAGCGCAGGAAGCAGGUUUCUCAGCAGAGAGCCCUUGCUUUCAUCAAGCGUCUUUGUACCCUUGCUCUUCACGUUCUUCCAAAUUCAAGCAUUGGCAUUUUAGCAACUAACAGAAUAUUAAUGCACACUUUCCCAAAAACAGAUCUGUUGCUUGACAAUGAGUCUCAGGGAAGUGGGGUUUUCCUUCCUGAGCUGGAUGAACCCGAGUACUGUAAUGCUCAGAACACUGCGCUUUGGGAAUUGCAUACACUACGGAGACAUUACCAUCCUGUUGUGCAGAGAUUUGCAGCUCACCUGAUCGCUGGAGCCCCCUCUGAAGGCUCAGAAGCACUCAAACCGGAGUUGAGCCGGAGAUCUGCUGCAGAACUCUUUGAGACAUACAGCAUGGCUGCAAUGACAUUCAAUCCUCCUGUUAAAUCUUCAAGUUCCAAAAGGAAGAGUGAAGUUUUACAAGGGGAUUCAUUUUUGAAUGAAGAUUUAAAUCAACUAAUCAAAAGACAUUGCAGUGAAGUAGCUACUCACUUGCCUCUGGAUUUCACCAAAUAUUUGAAAACAUCACUACGGUAGUAGAAGAAGGAGGAGUCGGUGGACUUUCUCUUAUAUUUGUUUAGAUGCAUAUAGAGACCUACUGUUAAUUUAGAACAUUCUCUUUUUAUACAGGGGAAGCUUCCUAAGAAAAUUAACAGCAGAGGGAGAAUUACGCUUUGCAUGGCACAGGGUUCUGCCCCAAUUCUGAAAUUGUCAUUAAGAAAGGAGAAUUGAAAACCACCUACCCCCAUAUUUGGAAGUUUCUUAAUGACAUUGUCUUUUUAAAACUUACAUAUCUUGGGAUGCCUGGGUAGCUCAGUUGGUUGAGUGUCCAACUCUGGAUUUUGGCUCAGGUCUUGAUUUCAGGGUCGUGAGAUUGAGCCCCACGUCGGGCUCUAUGCUAGGUGUGGAGCCUGCCUAAGAUUCUCUCUCCCCCUCUGUCCCAACCCCCUGCACUCCCCCCCAAAAAAAACACCCAAAAACAAAAAACUUAAUAUACAUCUUAAGUUAUAGUUUUAAAAGAAUCUUUGGAGUGAACUUAAUUGGAUUACAGCUGUCCCCUUAAAAUGAGGGCAUAGAGUGCAGAAAAAUCAAGACCAUGAAAUUGCGUUUUAAAAUUCAGCACUUUUUUUCAUUUAUUUAUUUUAAAGAUUUUACUUAUUUGAGAGAGAGAGAGAACCAGAACACAAGCAGGGGGAGUGGGAGAGGGAACAGCAGGCUUCCUGCCGAGCAGGGAGCCCGAUGCGGGGCUCCAUCCCCAGGACCCCGGGAUCAUGACCUGAGCUGAAGGUAGACGCUUAUGGACUGAGCCACCCAGGUACCCCUCAGCUACUCUUUAUAACCAAAACUCUUUCAAAUGAAAUAAAUAUAUUUUUUUGCAAUACUACAGAUGGAAAUGAGAAAAAUUCUACACUUGAGUAUAUUUUCAGGAAGACUUUUAUUUUUUUAUUUUUUUUAAAGAUUUUAUUUAUUCACUUGAGAGAGAGAGAGAGCAUAUGAGAGGGGGGAGGGUCAGAGGGAGAAGCAGGUUCCCCGCUGAGCAGGGAGCCCGAUGCGGGACUCGAUCCCGGGACUCCAGGAUCAUGACCUGAGCCGAAGGCAGUAGCUUAACCAACUGAGCCACCCAGGUGCCCUUCAGGAAGAUUUUUGAGAAAAGAAAAAAUAGCUUGAAAUUGGUGAUCAGGUUCAUUGGCUCUGGCUGAAUGAUACACUUCAAGAAGUAACUUAAUUUGAUCUUUUUAAAAAAGGACGAGAGUGUUCAUUAUGGCUACUUGCAAAAAGAGUUUGAAUGUGAUUCUAGUCUCUUCACAGUUCUUCGCAUUUUCUGCCGUGUUCGGGAGGGUCGAUGGGGGAAGAAUGGGUGGAAAAACCAAGUUGAAGACUUGCCUCUGUUUUAAGGAUAAAUGGUGCCUGUUGAGGGGCUUCUCCUCCUUCUCCUCCUCCUGCCGCUCUUCUUCCUUCAUCUUCCUUCGUCGUUAUUGUCUGUCCAGAUACAGUCCUGUUCUUAUGACUAUAAUUAAAAAGCAAUAUUUUACCUGAGCUAUCGCCAUAUUCUAGGAAUGGCCUAUGAAAUAAGUUUUUGUAACAACCAGGUUAUAAAUACUCUCUAGUGUGAAUAAUUGAAUAAAACACCUGCCUUUUC